AUGGAAGUGCCAGUAACAGAAGCUAUACACGGGAGAGGAAGAAAACGCAAGAGAGAGCCAGAGAAAUGGAAAGCAAACAGGGCGAAAAUUGAAAGGUACUCGUCGCAGUCGUUGCCUGGUAAAAUUACCUGCAAUCACAAUAGCAAAAGUUUUGGAUGCAAAAACCUUCGCGUUAAAGAUCAACUCGAUUUCCACCGAGCUUUUUAUGCUACACCGAUAAAAAAAAAUCAGGACGCGCUCAUAUUAAAAUGUUGUUCGGUAAAUAAAACUAACAGAAAGCGACCGACCAAAAAUUAUGUAAUGAGAAAUUUCUUUGCGAAUGGUAUACUUCCGAACGAAAAACGGGGCGGUGUCCAUAAAUACAAGAAAUAUUCAACACAAAGACAAGCCGUGUAUUCCUUUAUAAAGUCCCUUAAAUGUGUUGGAGCUCAUUACUGCCGAGGGACAACGACUCAACGAAAAUACCUACCCAGUGAACUUAACAUAAAAAAGUUGUACAAAAUGUUUAUCGAAAAGAACCCCAACAGCCCAGUCAAACAAUCGUAUUUCAGAGCAAUUUUUAAUGAAGACUUUAAUUUAGGUUUUGGUAGUCCUAGGACUGAUAAAAACCUGGUCCUGCCAAAAGUGCCUGAUCAAAGCUGUUACUACAGCAGACAGUACAAUUUCACAAUUGUUCAAGGAGGAUCCAAAGACCCAUUAAAUAAAAACACAACAUUUUCAUAUGUGUGGACUGAAGAUGAAUACGCAAAAGGUGCAAAUCAGAUAGCCUCCGCUGUUUACGAUAGAUUAAACAAAAGUGAUUUGACGAAUAUUACUCACUUACGUUUAGUAGCAGACGGGUGCGCUGGACAAAAUAAAAAUCUUGUGAUGGUAUCUAUGUGCUCACGGUGGAUUUUGCAGCAUCCGCAUAUAAAAAAAAUAGAACUUGUAUUUCCCAUUACCGGACACUCAUUUAUGCCAGCGGAUCGCGUGUUUGGGAAUAUAGAAAAAAGAAUUCGCAAACUUGAAGUGAUAACACAGCCUUCAGAUUAUACAGAUAUUAUUAGCGAAUGCGCAACAGUCACAAAACUUGAUGAGAUAGAUUUUCUUGACUGGAAAACCUCUAUACAGAACAUAGUCAAAACACCAGCCCAGCUUCAUUUUAAGAUAUCGCAGUGCAAGCGUAUCAUUAUUCGACGGACCAAAAAGCAGGGAGAUGUUAUGAUUCGUGGGGAAUUGUUUUAUAAUUCUGACACAGGUGCUCCCAGGACUUUUUGCCGAAAAGGAAAAAAAGCAGAACUGAUACAACCGUCUACAAUUUCAAAAGGCAUAGAUGUAAAACCACUUAAGCUCAGAGAUGUGAGAAAUUUACUACUAAAGCACUAUGGUGAAAACUGGAAGGAGUUACCUUAUUUGGAAUACUAUAAGAAUGUUUUAUUUAACAUAGACGAAGAAGAAAUACAGCUUUUAGAAGAGAACGGAGAAAAUGAAACAAAUGACAUAGAAGAAGAAACUUGUGAGAGAGUCGAAGAUGUUACGUUAAGGAUAUAA